AUGUUAGGUCCUGAAGUACCUUACAUGAGCGCCAUCGGGGCACUUAUGUAUCUUGCAAAUUGCACAAGACCAGAUAUAGCUUUUGCUACUAAUCUGCUUGCAAGAUACAGCUCAUCGCCUACCAGAAGACAUUGGAACGGAAUAAAGUAUAUAUUCCGUUAUCUUCAAGGUACGAUUGAGUUUGGAUUAUAUUAUUCAAGAAACCCCGAGGUUGGUUUAGUUGGUUUUGCAGAUGCUGGCUACUUGUCUGAUCCGCAUAAAGCUCGAUCGCAAACCGGUUAUGUUUUCACAUACGGUGGGAACGCGAUCUCUUGGCGUUCCUAA